CCUACAAUGCGUGUAAGUGUUCUGCUGUUGGCUGUAGGCCUAGCUGUGGUGGCAGCUGGCCCCAGGAAUCCGCAAAGAAUUGUUGGUGGAUCAACAACAAAUAUUGCUCAGUACCCAUAUGGCUCUGCCUUAUUGUACUCAUGGGGUGGCUCGACCUUCUGGCAAGCGUGCGGUGGAACCAUCUUGAACAGUAGAUCUAUUCUGUCUGCUGCUCACUGUUUCAUUGGGGACUCAGCGAGUAUGUGGCGCAUCCGUGUCGGUUCUACCAAUGCUAAUAGCGGCGGUGUCGUGCACAACACUAACUCAAUCAUAAGGCACCCCAGCUACAACUCUCGCACUCAAGACAACGAUGUUGCCAUCUUGAGAUCUGCCUCCAACUUUGGCUUCAAUAACAACGUGCGCGCUGGAAGCAUUGCAGGCUCCAAUUACAACCUUGCAGACAACCAAGUUGUUUGGGCUAUCGGAUGGGGCGCUACUGCUUACAAAGGACCAAGCUCUGAGCAGCUGCGCCACGUGCAAGUCUGGACUAUCAACCAGAACACCUGCAGAAACAAUUAUGCUUCUAGAGGAUUAGGAAUUACUGACAACAUGUUGUGCUCCGGCUGGCUCGGUGUCGGUGGUCGCGACCAGUGCCAAGGCGACUCUGGCGGCCCUCUCAUCCACAACAACGUUGUCGUCGGUAUCUGCUCCUGGGGACACGAAUGUGCUCUUGCUCACUUCCCUGGUGUCAAUGCUCGUGUCUCACGCUACACCGCCUGGAUCCAGUCCAACGCCUAA